UUUUGCUUUAUUUCAGGACACCUUUGCAUUGUGCUGCUUCUUGCAAUAGUGUUCAUCUCUGUAAACUGCUGGUGGAAUCCGGAGCGGCUAUUUUUGCUUCAACUAUAAGCGAUAUCGAAACAGCUGCAGACAAGUGUGAGGAGAUGGAAGAAGGUUACAUUCAGUGCUCCCAGUUCCUCUAUGGAGUGCAGGAGAAGUUGGGGGUGAUGAAUAAAGGAGUGGUGUAUGCCCUGUGGGACUACGAAGCCCAGAACAACGAUGAGCUGUCGUUCCACGAGGGCGAUGCCAUCACCAUUCUGAGACGCAAGGACGACAACGAGACGGAGUGGUGGUGGGCCCGCCUCAACGAUAAGGAAGGCUACGUGCCUAAAAACCUUCUGGGGUUAUAUCCACGAAUAAAACCCAGGCAGCGAACCCUCGCUUGAAUUCAGUUGUACAACGGUGUGAUUCCGUGCUGGUAACUGGAAACUUCAAACAUACACUGGAGCCAUCAUUUUUUGAUCAUUUCACACAGAGAAAUAAAACUAUGCUCUUUAGUUUUAAUGGUGCUUUCUCUCGUUAAAUGGACAGCAUCCGAGAUUUUCAAGAUCUGCAGUUUGUAAAAGAGGAUGGUUUUUAUGUGACCCACCACUGAUGAGGAGAGCGAUACCUCCGCUACCUGCAGUGUUGCACCAGCUCUCGUCUCCAGCAGUGUUUUAAAGUUCCAUGGUAGGAGCUUUCUUGUGUUCAAUGUUCAGAGGCGUCGCUCACGGGGUGCAGGUAACGCUGUCCCCUUUGCUCCGACCCCACAGUCACUGUCCCACGUCAGGAUUUUGGAUAUUCUGUUCGAUACCAGUGAACGUUGAGUUCUCGUUACUGCUCAGCUCUUUGGGUUCUAGGUCACGAGGUCUUCACCUAUUACAUGCAUAAUUAAGUAGCCACCAAAGCUUUACGAAGGCUAGGAUUUUAAGGGGUAACGUGCUGUACACUUAAAUCCUAGUCUAGACAACCCCAACAAAAGCUUUACAUAGUCUAGUAUUAUUUACGUUUAGAGUCAAGCUAGAGAACUAACAAAACAAACAGUAUUUGUACACUUCUCAAAAACCCCUACACAAAUAUUUCACUGGGUGUUUUAUUUUCUUAUUAUUCAGCCUAUGGCACCAGUGUUACCUCUGCUAAUGUAAAGGUUCCCCUACUAACGGCCCGGGCUUGUCCCCUGUGGACAGAACAGCCAGUACUGAACUUGCAGCAGCAGCAGCUUAAAGGAUUCCGUACGUCUGCGUGGAUGAAAGUGCAAUAGUUGAGAAGGGUGAGAGUGGGGUGAGGGUUACACCCUGGCAUUUGAAGCCUGAGUCAGUCUAGGAGAAAAUUAGGAAGGACUGGGUAGAAGUAGGAAGAGGCUGGGGUAGAUGCUAAGUCAAGGAGAAGAGAGAAACGAGGUUGAGGAAAGGAUUGGAGAAAGGCAAUAGCUUAUUUGAGGACAGUUUCUGUGGUUCUUGGCAGCCUCCAUCUGUUGCCAAGGCAAGUUAUGCAAUAACCUAUCCCACUACAUCGCCGUUUCAAGGAAAAUACAAAGCACUUCACUGGAAUUUUAAUUGUACAUGAUUUUAUAUACCAAAAGAAUAUUUUGAAUUUCCCAUUAUAAGUUUUAGCCACGUUUCUUGUAAUUUUUCUCCCAUUUAACAGUAUGCAAUUUGAUUAAUUCUUCAUGUACAAGUUCUGUGUAUAAUUUAUAUAUCCAUUUCUGCAGUGCUGUAACUUGCUUUUACCACAGGUUAGCAUUAACUGUAUAUAUUGUGGUGAAAAGUGAAAGGGUAUUAUUGUUGAAGAAUUUGCUACAUGAAUGUGAUGAUUUCAAGAGCCUAUGAUACACUAAUUCAGAGAAGAUGUAAAUGUGCACAAUAAAGUACUGCUAAGGCA